UGACGACAACCGCGACCACCGUCGGCAUCAGCAUGCUAUGUCUUUCACCUUCAACUGGCCUCGUUUCUCGGACCAGUUUCAUUACGAUGCCAUCCAAAUGCUCAACAACGCCCUCAAUAAGGGCAAUAAACCUCCGGUCAUAGCCGAUAAGAUCGAAGUCGUUGAGCUCGAAAUGGGUACACAGCCGCCCGAAUUGGAGAUUAUGGAGAUAGGUGAAUUGACGAUGGACCAGUUUCGGGGGAUAUUCCGUCUUACAUAUACUGGGGAUGCACAUCUCGUGCUCAAGACUAAAGUACAGGCGAAUCCUUUGAACCACAAACAGCCAGAUAUUCACCUUUUGACGGGCAAUCACAAAGGCAUGCUUGCAGCCCGCCAACCCCUUGUCGUUCCGAUGCUUCUUCGACUAUCGCACAUCAAACUACGAGCUAUCGUCGUGUUAGUUGUCUCUAAACAAAAAGGAAUAACUCUCGUGUUCAAGACAGACCCGCUUCAGAACGUUGACAUCAACAGUACCUUUGAUUCCAUUGCCGUCAUACAGAAAUUCAUUCAGAAAGAGAUCGAGGGGCAAUUGCGACAGAUGUUUAGGGAAGAUUUACCAGGAAUCAUCCACAGACUGAGCCAACAAUGGGUGAAGGCCAAAGUUGAAGCACCAUAUCUAUCGAAACGUCCCCCACCUCCCGUUAGAGUUGCGACUGUCCCCGCUCCUCUAUCAUUUCGCAAUGUUACUGGUGUUCCGUUGGCUGAAAACGGGCCACUUCACCUCGCAAACAAACCUUCGUUGGAAUCAAGAGCCUUCCGUCGAGCACCAAUGGCCCGCUCUUCCUAUUCCGCUACUUCCAGCAUGAGUGUCCCCCUGUCCGGCACCAAGUCAUUACCCACUACACCAAUCGGAAGUAAAGCUACGCCGCAGGAAGUACACGAAGGUUUCUUCCCGGACCUGGAAAACUUUGACCCGACCUACGGUUUACGUCCUGAGGGUCUUCCAACGAAGAGUCUAUUCAAAGGAUUCAGCGGACUCUUCACACCUAACCUGGGCCUAGCGGAUCUAGCAGAGGAGCGAAGUGAGGACGAGGAAACAGCGGUGUAUGACUAUGACGAUUCUUCGACAUAUGACAUGGUUGAUUGGGAUGGAGGUUUCAGUCUUCCUCAUACCGACAGCUCGAUGGAACCAGAAAAACAACAGCACAUUGAAUACGAAACCCUUCCUGCUGUCGGAGGUGGAACAAUUAUCAAACCAAGAAUCAUGCAUUCACAAUCAAUGCUACAAACAGAUACAUCGUUAAGUCUACCUCGAAGAACUACUCGAAUGUCACGGUCUCAUGAUAGCAUUGCCUCACCUCCACGCCCUUUACCUCCUCAUCCAAACCUGCAACGAUCGAAUUCCCUCUACAAUCCCUACUUCCCAGAAUCAGCAGCAAGUAUUGUUGGUGGCCUCGGCUUGCGUACGCCUACCGGUUACCAAGGCUCCCCUCUUCCUACUUCCCAGACACUACCAGACUUCGUGCAAGGUGCCAGUGGUCGUCGUUCGUUCACACCAGAUAGUUUGGAAGCACAGCAAUCAUAUUCCAAUUCGAGUGGUGAAAAUACAAGACUGAUGACCCCUCCCGAAAAUGAAUCUCUUCCCAUACGCCGCAUACACCCACACCAUAUAUCCUCUCGGAGAUCCUCUGUAUCCUCCACCGGAAACCGAGCCUUUUCAUUGUCCCCAACCACCGGCAAUUUUGCUGAUGUUGUACCAACCGAUAUAGGCGAUCCCACACCGAAGAUUGUCCUUCGUCCUUCCUUCCUUAAUACCACCCUUACUAAAUUCACCACUCUUAGCCAUUCCAACCAUACCCUGUCACCCUACACACGAUCUCUGGAGCACUUCACGGUACGAAGUGUCCCACCACGUUACUCUGGCGGUUUAUCAGGUUCUUCUGCGUCGCUAGAACGUCAGCCGGUCAAGGCGAAACGCAAGCGUAUUUUUUAUUUAGGUGGGAAAAAGCCUGCAGCAGAUCCAGAGCCACCGCUUUCCACCCCAAGUACCUCUCAACAAGUAGAAAGUGACUUACCUAGUACACAUAGCACCAUAGCCGGUUCCGACUUUGACAUGUCGGACAUGGACCGUUACUUUCGCGCUGCCACAGAUAUCCACGCCAAUCCGCAACAACCGCAUCCGAACCUCGCACCCUACACAGGCUCGCCUAACAUCCAUCCUCGGCACUUUCGGCUAAGGUCCUCCUACGUUCACCCGGAAUAA